AUGUCUCAGCUGCAGCAGCAAAAGCGCGUCGAAGCGGCCGCGCAGCUCAAGCAGGCGGAGAAAGCCCUGACCAGGCGCUCGUUCUUCCGCGGCUCGCCCGACUACCUCUCGGCUGCGCCGCUGCUGGACAAAGCGGGGGAACUCUUUCGACUCGGCAGUGACUGGGAAGCCAGUAAAGACGCGUUUCGGCGCUGUGCGGACGCGCAACAGCACAACCAACUGCCGUUUCGGGCCGCUCAGGCGUGGGAAAAUGUAGCCAAGACGGUCCUGCAGCAGGUACAAGCGGAGGGGUCCAGUCGAACGAUGUCCAGCCAGAAGUCGCGGACUGGGGAAGCUCGCCAGGCGUUCGAGAAAGCUAGUAGCUUUUACGUGGACAUGGGAGAGUUUGGGAAAGCUGCUGAUGCACUGGUUAAGGGAGCACAGGCCUGUGAGAGUCAGGGGUCUAGUGUGGUUGACGUGCUGCCGCUCUACACACACGCGUGCGAGCUCCUCGAGGCCCAAGACAAGCCCCACUUUGCAGUUGAGACGUUCCGCAAGAUGCAGAGUUUCCUCGUGAAAUAUGAGAAAUACCGCGAUGCAAUUGCGUUGUUGGACCGUCUGGCGGCGUUGUAUGAAGCUAUGGACCAGCCCCACAAUGUGCACAAGUGUCGCUUGAGCCAAGUCAUUCUUCAUCUGGCAUCGGGGGACGUACCAGCAGCUGAUGCUCUGUAUUCGAAGUGUUUGCAAGAUGACGCGUUCUUGUCGUCGGAUGAUUGUGCUCUUGCAGAAGACCUCGUACGGGCCUAUAAAAUGGGCAACGAAGACCUACUGCGAGCAACGGUACGGAAGCCGGGAUUUCUUGCACUGGACAACCAGAUUGGACGCGUUAGUCGUAAAUUAUCGAUCUACGGGUUGGGAGAUGCUGCGGCUGGUGGUGUGAAGCCGCAAGCUCGGCGCCAGCAUGGGACAGUACCAUCAUCGAGUGAAAAACGCACGCAAGAGCAACAGCAGUCAGGCAAGCAACGCAAUCCGUUUGCACCUUCAGCACGAGCACCUCCUGCCCAACGGAGCCUAUUUGCACCUUCAUCGAGAGCGCCAGUGCCUUCACUAAUGUCGGAGUACGAGUCAUCCGAGACACCGACAACAGCGACCCGUGAUAUUGCAGACAGCGAUUACGAAGCUGCGCUGUCCGAAGCCCUCGGCACUGUUGCUGUCACAAAACAGGCCGAGACUCAUUCACGAUCGGCUUCGGUUUCCAAGUGUCUGCAACCUGUGUCGCCAGAGCCAGUUGGCUCGUCCUUAUCGUUUGGGCUAUCACCGAUCAUGGCUUCAUCUUCGUCGCCUGUAGCAGCGCGUGCAAGCGCUUGCAUGGAUUACGGAUGUGACGACCUAGAGUUUGCCAUGCCGGAUUCCGACUCGCUCGAGUUUUCCAUGGAUGAGCAGACGACUGGUGGUGACGUGGGUGGAAGGUCAGAUUCCUAUAGAACAGCUACAGCACCGGCAUCCAAGACAAAGUUGCCAGCGCGAGAACGUAAGCCAACGCUGAAGGCACCCGUGCAAGAUGAAUUUGAUCUCACAUAA